GCAUUUUGUUUCUUGUCGUCCUGAUGGUGUUGUGUCCGAUCUGUAGCAAGCCGGUUAAGGAAUUCGACAUCAACAGACACCUUGAUUCAAACUGCACCUCAUUCCUCGAAGGCGAAUCCCCACCAGCGACACAGGCGCCUUCGGCAACGCAGGCCAAUGGAGCAAAAGGGAAGAGUGGUAAGGCAGCGGCCUUCUUCACACCCGCCGCGAAGAAGAGUGCGACUCUGCGAACAGAUGAGGUAGCAUCCUCGUCGCCAGCUGUACCAACACCGAUCUCGAAACCUUCUAUACUACCGUCGAGUACAGUUCCAGUCAAACGGCCGCGCGAAGAGGAUGAAGAAGUGCCAGCGGGAUUGCAGAACAAGGCAGAGGGAGUUGCACCUCCUGCAAAGAAGGCGAAAGACGCACACAAACCACUGGCAGAGCGCAUGCGACCGCAGAGUCUGGACGAAGUGGCAGGACAAGAGCUAGUGGGGCCACACGGAGUACUGCGCAAUCUGAUAGUAUCGGAUCGCGUACCGUCCAUGAUAUUAUGGGGAGGGCCGGGCACAGGAAAGACAACAAUCGCAAGGCUCAUAGCACAAACAGCAGGGACGAGAUUCGUGGAGAUCAACAGCACAUCGAGCGGCGUAGCAGAAUGCAAAAAGCUAUUUGCAGAAGCAAAGAAUGAGAUGGGGCUCACGGGUCGGAAGACUAUCAUAUUCUGUGAUGAGAUACAUCGCUUCAGUAAGAGUCAACAAGAUGUCUUUUUGGGGCCGGUCGAAGCGGGCCAGGUCACAUUGAUUGGAGCGACGACGGAGAACCCGAGUUUCAAGGUCGUCAAUGCGCUGUUGAGCAGGUGUCGGACUUUCACACUAUCGAAACUAUCGGAUGAGGAUAUUUUCGGCAUUCUGAAGCGGGCUUUGUUGCGGGAAGUACCUGGACUGCCAACUCCGUCUCCGAGUCCGUCUGCGGAGGAAGAUUCGGAGUUGGCAAACACCGCACCCAACAGUUUCCAACUACUCUCGGAAGAUGACUAUGCUCUCGUACGAUACCUUGCGGCGUUUGCGGACGGAGACGCACGAACGGGCCUGAACCUCUUGGAACUGGCGCUGGAUCUCUGUCAGAAGCCUGGCACAACUACCGAUGAUAUCAAGAAAAGUCUCACACAAACACUAGUCUAUGACCGCGCAGGAGAUCAACACUAUGAUACAAUAUCAGCCUUCCACAAGUCCGUUCGCGGAAGCAACGCCGAUGCGACACUCUACUAUCUCGCCCGCAUGCUACAGUCCGGAGAAGACCCCCUGUACAUCGCUCGACGAAUGGUAGUCAUCGCGAGCGAGGACGUCGGACUUGCAGACAACACUAUGCUCUCGCUCGCAACAGCAACGUACUCCGCAGCCGAAAAGAUCGGAAUGCCCGAAUGUCGCAUCAACCUUGCCCACUGCGCGGUAGCAUUAGCGCAAUCACCAAAGUCUACUCGAGCAUACCGGGGCUUGAAUGCCGCGUACAAGGCAUUGAACGAGCCCGGUAUUGCGGGAUUGCCUGUUCCGAUACAUUUGCGGAAUGCUCCGACUAAGUUGAUGAAGGAGCUGGGCUAUGGCAAAGAGUAUAAGUAUAAUCCGGACUAUGUGGAUGGGAGAGUUGUGCAGGACUACUUGCCGGAAAAGCUGGAAGGGAGGACGUUCCUUCAGUCGAGGGAUCUUGGGGAGAAGAUUGAUCCGGAGGUUGUGGAGAUGGAUGAGCAGAUGAGGUUGGCGGAGGAGCAUGGGCAUGAGGGUGUAGAGGAGAUUUUGUUGGGGCCUGAUGGGGAUUGAGAGAUGCCAGGGGUUGCGAAAAGAGGAUCCAUUGCCGAGACACAUACCCGGACCCCAGAUGUUGUGAGGGAACCCCAGACGGAGAUUAAUGCCGCUACACCGUCAUUCAAAGGAGUCCUUCGAGCGGAGCGUCGACCUGUGUUGGACGAAGCUCACCGGGAA